GCAACGCCUUAUUUAACAUCUGAUAUUCCAUUUUUCAUAUAAAACUUCAAUAAAAAAAGCAUAAUAUUUAAAGAAAAACUAUAUAUAUUUUUUUAAUUCGAAGUAAAACGCCUAUAAAACAAUGUUUAAUAUUAGAAAACAAAUAGCUGUUUCCCAAACGAACAGCUGUUUUCGGUUACCUCCCCCAACCGCAAUAUUUGCUGUCAAAUAAACGUCAAAACAGUCGCGCGACUCCGCCAGGCGAAAAAACUGCAGAAAAAGUGAAAUGAGCCGUGAAAGACACUAGAAAAAUACAAAUAAAUGCCUAGCAGAUACCGCAUAUAACCCGCAUAUGUACAUAGAAACCAAAGUGUAGAAAUGGGCGACAAGGAGGAGCCCGUCACACCCGCUCCCUCGCCCACGGAGGAGGGCAUGGCCAAUAUUGGGUCUGCUGGAGUCGGGGAACAACCCCAAUCCUCAGGGAGUAAUACCAACGUGAAAAUCGUGAUCAUUGGAGCCGGAAUGGCUGGAUUAUCGGCAGCUAAUCACCUCCUGCAAAACGGCUGCGAGGAUUUCCUCAUUCUGGAGGCACGGGGCCGGGUGGGAGGACGUAUAGUGUCCAUACCGCUCAGCAACAAUCAGAAGAUUGAACUUGGCGCCAACUGGAUACACGGUGUCCUGGGCAACCCCAUCUUCGAGCUGGCCGUUCAACAUGGUCUAGUCAGCGUUGUCAAUGUACCAAAACCGCACAAGGUAGUGGCCACCACGGAGGACGGGCACCAGGUGCCGUUUAGCAUACUGCAAGAGAUCUACGAGGCUUACGUCUGCUUUUUAAGGCGCUGCGACGAGUACUUUUUAUGUCAGUACAGCCCACCUCCAGAUAUACACAGCGUAGGCGAGCACAUUAACUAUGAGAUCGAGAUCUAUCUGAGCGGUGUGCAGGAUCCUAAGGAGAGGCGACUGAAGCAGUCUAUCUUUAACUGCCUGCUUAAGCGAGAAACCUGCAUAACAGGCUGCAAUAACAUGAACGAGGUGGAUCUUCUUGAACUUGGCAGCUACACAGAGUUACAAGGGGGCAACAUAGUGCUGCCAUCUGGUUAUAGCUCCAUUCUGCGACCGCUGGGUGCACAGAUUCCCAAGCAAUCAAUCCUGACCAAAUGUCCGGUGAAAAAAGUUCACUGGAAGCGAAAAAAGACAUUUACUGGACUGGAGACCGUUGAUGAGAAUUCGGAGGAUGAGCACUCGGACGAUUCCGAACGAACGGUGACGGAAGUGCCCACGGGGGGACUUCGAGGCGCCUCCGUGGAGUCCAACUCCAGCAGCAAUUGUGAUUACCCUACGGGCAAUGUGCGUGUGGAUUGCGAUGACGGUCGUGUAUUUCAUGCCGACCAUGUGAUAUGCACCAUACCCCUGGGCGUGCUGAAAACCACCCAUCGCACACUCUUUGAUCCUGUACUGCCACAGUACAAACAAGAGUCAAUAGAGAAUCUCAUGUUCGGCACCGUGGACAAGAUCUUUUUGGAGUACGAGCGACCUUUCCUCAGUGCCGAUAUAUCAGAGAUUAUGCUGCUUUGGGACGAUGAUAAGCGAGACAUGGACAACACCGAAGAGGAACUAGCCAGCGAAGCGUAUCUCAGCAAAAAUUGGUACAAGAAGAUUUAUUCGUUUGCCAAGAUGACCGAUACGCUGCUGCUAGGCUGGGUUUCCGGUCGGGAGGCGGAGUACAUGGAGACUCUUGACCACGAGGCAGUGGCUGAAAAGUGCACAGAAAUAUUGAGAAACUUUCUUCAGGAUCCGUACGUGCCCAAGCCAAAGCGAUGUGUGUGCACCAGUUGGAAGUCCCAGGACUUUACCGGAGGUGCCUAUACUUCGAUUCCCGUAGGAGCCACUCAGGAGGACAUCGAAAACCUUGCCCAGCCCCUAUAUGCCACACCCCAGGCCAUGAAGCCCGCCAUAGUCUUUGCCGGGGAGCACACCCAUUCCAGUUUCUACUCUACUGUACACGGCGCCUAUCUAAGUGGACGGACGGCAGCGCAGCAUUUGCUGGCAAGCGAAGAGCCAGACGAAAUCAUCAUGGAGUCGGACGGCAGCGAUCUGAGCGCCUGGAUACAGGGUAUUGCCCUGGACUGAUUCUAAGCUAAAAAAUCAACGACCACUCAUCGAUUUUGUAUUAUAAUUUAUUAACGUUUUUGUAAACUCUUCAAACGCUUUUUAGCUAGUGAUAUUUCAUUUUUUCGAUUGUAAUUUAUUUUGCUAAUGUCGUUAAACGAUUUAAAUAUUUUUUGUACAUCCCUUGUGAGCAUUUGUUUUAUUCUGUUGAUGCAAUUAUUUUGUAAUUUAUUUGAAAUCCGCUUGUACAAUACUAUAAAUAAAUGUUACGAUUUAGCUGAGCUGAUCAAUGUGCUGCCAACUCAAACAGAACGUGCACUCACAGCAGCUUUCACUGUACUUGGACAAAAUGUGUGCACAAAAACAAAAUGUUGUUUAGACCUAAUUACCGAUUAGCAAACUUAAGUACAUAAAUACAAAUAUAAUGCCUAUUUUUAUAAAUUCGUAUUUAAUGUAGAAAUCGUUGCACCGUGUUAGAAGGCGGACAGAAACUGUGUGCAACAAAUGUAAUAAAUUUAAAUGUAACUAUUGUUAACGUUGACUAUUUUGCUAACUAAUUUAUGCAUUGGUUGAAUCUUCAAAACGGGAAAGCAAGAGUUGAUAUUCAUAAAACCGUUCUAACUAUAAGAUCUGCAUAUUUAUUUGUAUUUGUGACGAAAAUAUCGACUUGUAUGCAUAAAUAAAUAAAAGAACACGCUAAAUUAUUAAAUUA